AUGGCAAACUACGAAGAGAAACAUACCUCGGCGACGAGUCGGCCGGAAAAAUCCGUCAACUUGGCGAACAGUUCGCUCAACAGCUCAGGAUCGGACUCUGACCUGGCUGCUACGAGACAGAGAAUUCUUGAACAGCAAGAACUUCAGAAGACGGAGCCCCCUGUUCUACCUAUUACCACUCUCUUCCGAAGGAACAAAGCCAACAAAAACCUUGACCAAUUGGCUACUCAACCAUCUGUUUAUGACGACCCAGAUCUAGCAAAGUACUUCCAGCCUACCGCAAAGUACGAGAAUCUCCAUCGCUUUGAUCCCUCAGCACGAUGGACCUGGGGCGAAGAACUUCCUCUCAUCAACAAACUGGAUUGGAAAAUUACACUUUGGGCAUGCAUUGCCUUUUUCUCUCUUGACCUCGACAGAGGAAAUCUCAGCCAGGCCAACACAGACAACUUCCUUGAAGACCUUGGACUCGACACCAAUGAUUUUAACUUGGGCAACACUGUCUUCAGACUAUCCUUCCUUUGUGCCGAAUUGCCUUCUCAGCUUAUCAGCAAGAAGUUGGGACCUGACCGAUGGAUUCCGACCAUCAUGUGCAUGUGGAGCAUUGUGGCCGCCUCUCAGUUCUGGCUCAGUGGUCGAUCCAGCUUUCUAGCCUGCCGUGCUUUGCUGGGUCUUCUGCAGGGCGGCUUUAUUCCGGAUGUCAUCCUUUACCUUUCGUACUUCUUCAAAGGAACCGAGCUUCCAUUUCGCCUGGCUCUCUUCUGGACCAGUCUGCGCGUCACUGACAUUGUUGCCCCAAUCCUGGCAUUCGGCCUCCUUAGACUGCGAGGUCUGCACGGGUACGAGGGUUGGAGAUGGCUCUUCCUGCUCGAAGGCCUCUUCACCCUCUCCAUCGGCAUUUGGUCCUGGUUCAUGAUGGCUGCCUCGCCCACGCAGACCAAAUCAUGGUGGAACAAGAAGGGGUGGUUCACCGAGCGAGAGGAGACCAUCAUGGUGAAUCGUAUCCUGCGCGACGACCCCUCAAAGGGCGACAUGCACAAUCGACAGGCCGUCGACUUCAAACUCCUCUGGAAGUCUCUCUGCGACUACGACCUAUGGCCAAUGUACGCCAUCGGUCUGACCUUCUUGAUCCCCGCCGGGCCGCCAGACUCGUACCUCACCCUAACGCUUCGGACGCUCGGCUUCGGCACGUUCGACUCGAACUUGCUCAGUAUCCCCACGCAGGUUCUGGGUGCCAUCACCAUGCUUCUCCUGACGUAUUAUUCGGAAAUCUUCAACGAACGGACAUUCUUCGGCAUACUUGCCCAGGUCUGGCUGCUUCCGUGCCUGAUCGCGCUCAGGACGUUGAAGGAUGACACGUCGCCAUGGGCAAGGUUUGCCGUCUUAACCGUGUUGUUGUCCUACCCUACAGCCCACGCCAUGCAAGUCGGUUGGUGCAGCCGCAAUUCCAACACCGUCCGAACGAGGACCGUCUCGGCAGCCGUGUACAAGUAUGUUCCAAAGCAGCAGUUGAUUCUUGCAUUGAAGCAACCGAGCAAGAAGGCUAAUGUGGGCCUAGCAUGUUCGUACAAGUCGGAGGCAUCAUCCAUGCCAACAUCUACCGCCAGGACGAUCGUCCCAACUGCAAGUUCAUGCACCCUUGCAGACAAACCAGCUGAUGCUAACGCACCGCAGACCGACGCGGAAACACACAGUUGA